ACUUUAUACAUAAAUAAUACAUACACAGUACACACGCGAAGAGAGAGAGAGAGACUGGGGCAAAAUUGAAAGAAAGCUGAAAAUAAACCAAAAGGGAAGAGAAAUGGGGUCGGCGCCCACGCGCAGCGAAGUGCUUUUCCUCUUCCGGUCACUCCUUCGGACGGCGCGUCAGUUCACGGACUACAAUAUCAGGGAGUACGCCAAGCGCCGUACUGUCGACGCCUUCCGCCACAACAUGCGCAUCUCCGACCCGGCGGAGGCGGCCACCGCCUUCGCCGAAGGGAAGUCGCAGCUCGAGGUGGCCAAGCGCCAGGCCGUCGUUUACUCGCUAUACGCUCCUCGAGUCAAGAGCGUUAUGGAAAUGAAUUAAUCAACCACUCUCGAUUUUAUUCGUAAUCACCCGUUAUCGCCAUUAUUAGCAGUUGUUGAUGAAAGAGGAAAAGACGAAGAACACUUGCUUAUUUCUUGCCCAAUCGAUGGAUCAGCUAUGAAGUUACUGAUUAUUGGAUUUAUGUAUUUUUCUACGCUUUAGUGUUUCUUACUCGGAUAUUAAAGAAUAACUGCCUCCUUCACCGAGACACAUGCGCGAGAUAAAAUGUUUAAUAUCCACAGUUGUGGUAUUAAAUUAAAGUAUGAUUUUUAAUAUUAUCGAUUUCUUCUCAU